GAGCACGUAGCUGGAAGGGUGGAGUAAGCGGAAAAAACAAAACUUGUCCUGAAAAGGAAACCGAAAGAAAAAGGGAAGAGUAUAAAAGACCUACUGUUGGCUGGACAGGGGCUUCUGAGCUGCCCGACUGCCAAGAGCGCCCAGCGCCACCCCUGCGCCUCUGCAGCGUCUCCCACCUACUGGCGUCGUCCUGACUUGGUCCUGACCUGACCUCACAGCCAGUGCUCGGACCCCACCUCGGAAGCUCGGCCCUCAGGAUGGCGGACGAGCCCGACAGCCAGCUGCUUGCCUCCCCGCUGCAGCUAUUCAACGGCAUAGCGGCCCAGGGGGAGCGCGUGCGGGCCCUCAAGGACGCAAAGGCGCCAAAGGAUGACAUCGACUCUGCAGUCAAGUUGCUCUUGUCAUUAAAAAUGAACUACAAAGCCACCGUGGGGGAGGAUUACAACCCUGACUGCCCCCCGGGAACCCUGGCGCCUGGGACCAAGGGUGGCCAGGAGGACUGCGAGGACUUCGUGGACCCGUGGACAGUGCGGACGAGCAGCGCCAAAGGCAUCGACUAUGACAAGCUUAUAGUUCAGUUCGGGAGCAGUAAGAUUGACAAAGAGCUGAUCAACCGGAUAGAGAGGGCCACCAAGCAGCGGCCACACCGCUUCCUGCGCAGAGGCGUCUUCUUCUCACACAGAGAUAUGAACCAAGUGCUGGACGCCUAUGAGAGCGGGAAGCCGUUUUACCUGUACACGGGCCGGGGCCCCUCCUCCGAAGCCAUGCACGUCGGCCACCUCAUCCCGUUCAUCUUUACCAAGUGGCUGCAGGACGUGUUCAACGUGCCCCUGGUGGUCCAGAUGUCCGACGACGAGAAGUACCUGUGGAAGGACCUGACCCUGGAGCAGGCCUACGGCUACACCCUGGAGAACGCCAAGGACAUCAUCGCCUGCGGCUUCGACAUCAACAAGACCUUCAUCUUCUCCGACCUGGAGUACAUGGGGAUGAGCCCAGGCUUCUACAAGAAUGUGGUGAAGAUUCAGAAGCACGUCACCUUCAACCAGGUGAAGGGCAUCUUCGGCUUCACCGACAGCGACUGCAUCGGGAAGAUCAGUUUCCCCGCCGUGCAGGCCGCGCCCUCCUUCAGCAACUCGUUCCCGCAGAUCUUCCGGGACCGGACGGACAUCCAGUGCCUCAUCCCGUGUGCCAUUGACCAGGAUCCCUACUUCAGGAUGACGCGGGACGUGGCCCCCAGGAUCGGCUACCCGAAGCCAGCCCUGCUGCACUCCACCUUCUUCCCCGCCCUGCAGGGCGCCCAGACCAAGAUGAGCGCCAGCGACCCCAACUCCUCCAUCUUCCUCACCGACUCGGCCAAGCAGAUCAAGACCAAGGUCAAUAAGCACGCGUUCUCCGGAGGCCGGGACACCGUGGAGGAGCACCGGCAGUUCGGGGGCAACUGUGACGUGGACGUGUCCUUCAUGUACCUGACCUUCUUCCUGGAGGACGAUGACCGGCUGGAGCAGAUCCGCAAGGACUACACCAGCGGGGCCAUGCUCACCGGAGAGCUCAAGAAGACCCUCAUUGACGUCCUGCAGCCCCUGAUCGCCGAGCACCAGGCCCGGCGCAAGGAGGUCACCGACGAGAUGGUGAAGGAGUUCAUGACCCCCCGGCCCCUGUCCUUCCACUUCCAGUAGCGCCCCUCAGCGCCCCCGAGGCUGCCGUCCGCGGUAAUCCUAGGUCAUUCCCGGCGCCUGCCAGCCCUGCAUGUGUUACGGAUUCCGGUUCUUCCUCUGACGUCUGUCCUUCCUGUCACCUGGGUAAUCGGGUACUGGCUCACGUCGUGUGGCCAGAUAGGAAGCCCACAGGAGGCUCCCCACAUGGAUCCCAGCCAUGGCCUGUGCCGCCCAGAGCCACCAGGAUUUCAGGUGCACCCCCAAGAUGCUCCACGAGAAACCACUUCAUUGUGUGUGUGUGGAUGAUCCAAACAUCAUCCUUCUAAAAGUACCAUGGAAAAUGGAUGUGACAGUGUCAUGGGCACAGGACAUUGGAGCCCGUGCCCCUCAAAAAAGAAAUUGACCACUCAGAGCUCUGCGGAGCACUUGACCAAGAUUGGGCUGGGGUAUGGCUCCCUGCAGAGCAGCUGCCAGCUUACGUGGCCCAGGUGACAACCUGGUGCCCCGAGAAAGUAGUUGUCCAGCAUCUCAGCUGCCUGCACGCUGGCCCUGGUGGAACGGGGUUUCCCGAGCUAGCCAGCUCCAGACCAGGCGCGUCCUCCACUCUGUGGAUCAUACUCCUCACCCCUAAUGCGCAGGCUUUACAGCAAACAAGCCAGCACUCCCUCUGCCCAAUCCGGGGAGCCCUUUACCCAGGAGACGCUGAAACACUGUUACCUUGCAGAUGCUUUUGACUCUUAACCUCAGCGGAAGUCAGCACAGAGCCUUGGCAGGGCGUGCAGCUGGUGGACCUAACCGAACGCGCGUGGGUGCCCAGGGCUCAGCCUCCUGUGCGCAGUGACCUCUGAUUCCAUGUGUAGGCUCCAUGGGGCAGAGCCGCCCCUUGGGGGAAAGUCCUGGGUGCCAAACCUGACGGUCCUUGGACUUGCAGGUCCACACUGGGUGCUCUGCCCUCCCGCACUCUCAGCCUAAUAAACGAACUUUACUCCUGUC